GACGCGUUUGUUCGAAAGGACGCGACGUUGUGGAAAAUGGAUUUUCAUUCUACUCGUUUAGCAUAUCGAGGAAGGAGAAUGGAACUUUUACAUGUGGCUUUAAUCUUCAUCAAAAUUUUGAAAGUGUCAUCUUUUUUCGCAGCUUACGAUAUAUUAAGGAAUUCGAAUCCACUAAAUUUUUUAAUAGUAUUAAAACUUGUGUAAGUUUUUGAUGUAUAUUUCACAACUGUAUUCAGCGCAUCGCUUAUAUUACUCCCAGUACAGAGGCCAUUUUCUGGCUCUCGAGUGAAAUUUACUGAAUGGGUUCAUAUAAUUAAAUAUUCGUUCGUGCGUGUUCUUAUCGAUGCACUUUGGAUUGAGGGUCUUAUCUUAUGUGGUCCUUUUAGGUGACAAGACAAAGUUUAUUAUUUCUAAUUUUAGAUUUAUUUUACUGUUUGAGCACAGUGAAUUACUUGUUCUUGCUGCAGCCAGUACGUUUUUCUUUGGUUCUCAAUGUACAAAAAAGACGCGAGGGGCAGUAUUUUUCGUCAUAGGUGUUUUAUGUGUCGCCUUCUUCGACCAUGAUUACACGCAUGGAGACUCAGAGCAUCCUGAAGGAGCUCACAAAAGUUUCCUCAUUCAUCAUGUAUACGAGAUGUUCAUAAACUUUGGAUUUUCCGAUCACAAAGUCGGAGUGCUUGUAUUAAUUGGUGCGGUUUGUUUGGACUCGGGUUUAGCUGCACUUUCUAGAACAUUGGUGGCAUCUGUUGGAGGUGCUAAACGUCUACACAGUCUCUCUGCGUUAAUCAGCUUCAUCAUCCUGAUUCCAAUAUAUAUGUUUACUCAUUUUUACUAUGAAACUUCCAUUUACACAAAGGAGCCAUCAGAUUUGUUGAAGAUGAUGAACAAUGUUGACAGUCAAAUGACUUCUGAUGAUAGUUCUAAAGUUUCUGCUCAAGGAAAUUGGAUAUUUUGGAUGGUUUGUACAAGUGUCAUUCAUGUGAUCGACUUCUAUAUGACUAGUUUAGUUAGUGGCAGGCUCGGUGCACAUUCAGUAACCCGUGUGGCUAAAUUAGUUGUCGUGAUAACUGGACUAAUAUUCAGCUUUAUCUGGGUACCAUCCACUGUCGCAGGACAAAUUGUGACAAAUGGCAUUCGUGUACAUAGUUUUCUACUUCAACAUCAAAUGUCUGCUGGUGUAAUUGUUGCAGUUAUUUGUAUUUUGUAUGCUUCAGAUCUAUUGACAACAACUAAAUCUGGUUAUGGACCAGAUGGUAAUUCAAGCGGCCAUUUCAUUGGUUAUUCAAUGGCUGGCUUGCCUUUAUUCACAGCUGGUCAAACGCCUACACAUGGUUCUGCUUUAUUAGCAAAUCCAGAAGAAGUUGGCCUAUGGUAUCAUUUACGGGAAACAUUUCAUGGCAUUUUAACUGGAAAAGCUUCACGUCGUAUAUUCGCCUUUUUAUGCUUAAAUCUGGCUUUUACAUUUGUGGAACUCUUCUAUGGUGUAUGGACAAACAGUUUAGGUUUAAUUUCUGAUGGUUUUCAUAUGUUAUUCGAUUCAGCAGCACUUGUAGUAGGAUUGUAUGCAGCUGUUGUAUCACACUGGAAACCAACUCGUAUAUUCUCUUAUGGGUACAAUAGUGCUGAGAUUCUUUCUGGAUUUGUGAAUGCCUUAUUCUUAUUAGUUAUAUCUGCUUCCGUAUUUGUCAAUGCCGUUGCACGAAUUCAUCAACCUCCAGAUAUUAAAACAGAUAAAUUACUGGCUGUAUCCAUUUUAGGUUUAUGUGUUAAUAUAGUUGGAGUCGUUGCUUUGGGUCAUGCUCACAGUCAUGGUGGUGGUUCUCAUGGCCAUAGUCAUGGUGGAGGUGGCUCUCAUGGUCAUAGUCAUGGUGGAUGUGGUUCACAUGGUCACAGUCAUGCAGGUAAAUCUCAUGGUCAUAGCCAUGAAAGUGGCUCUCAUGGUCACAGUCAUGAUGGUGGUUCUCAUGGACACAGUCAUCAUCAUCAUCAUAAACAGGAACGAAGUCAUAGUCAUGAUUCAAACAAAUCUCAUUCUGAUCAUGAGCUUGUUGUUGAUGUUUGUGAUGAAGAACUUCAUUAUGGUCAUACUCAUGGACAUGAACACCAACAAGGAUCACACAAAGCUGAAUCAGAAGAUGCAAAUUUACGAGGCGUCUAUUUACACGUUCUUGCUGACACUUUGGGUAGUGUCAGUGUAAUAUUCAGUUCAUUUCUUGUAUCCAGCUAUGGUUGGAAUAUAGCUGAUCCAAUUUGUUCAAUGUUUAUUGCAUGUGUAAUUGGUUAUUCAGCUAUGCCAUUGUUGAAUGACACUCUUGGUCUGCUUACCUUAAAAGUACCAGAUAAUUUCCACUCUCAGUUGCUGGUUAAAAAGAUAUUACAAGUGGGUGAAGUGGUUUCUGUUUCAAAUCCAUUUAUUUGGACGCAUACUCACACGUCUGUUUGUGUUUGUUUAACGGUCAGAAUUAACUCGAAUGCUUCAGAACAGAUACUGUUACGAAAGGUCAAGGAUAUAGUUGGCAAUCAUUUUUCAUCCAUUGCACAUUUAACUAUCCAGAUUGAAAAAGAAGAUUUUGAAUAUCAUACUCAAGCGAUGGGUUUACAUUUAUCUGUUGUUGGACAUUAUCCAAAAUCACUUAUCAAGUCAAGUGUAAUGAUGAAUGGGACAACUCCACAUUAUAGCGGUCAACACAAUCAUUUCACUACUGAACAAGCUAAUCUAUUGUCUGUUAAAGAUGUCUAAUGCAUGGAUGUAUACAAUAUAAUACAGCACAGCAUACCGAAUGAUGCCUUCAUACUUUAUUGUCUAUCUUUGUUUAUUUACUACACUGUUCUGUGUGCAUUCUUUUUAUUAUUUUCAUUUCUUUCGACUUUCCUCUCUUUUUUUACUGCUUAUUGUUUAAUAUGAUCUCCCGUGGUGACUGUUCCCCUACACUUAGAGAAGAAAAACUCGUCUCUUUAUCCUUCUCACCAUUUUGUAAAUAGUUAUCUUCUGCUCACUCACUUCCUCCUCGCGCUCCCCUCCCUCUGUCAUUUUAUAUUUUAUGCUUUCUGAUAGAUUUUAUUAUUUUGUCUGUUUGUAUUUUGCAUCCUCUAUCUUUUUAAAGAUCGUCGUUUUUCGGUGGAUUAGUUCCACUCUACCAAGUAGUACCAUCAGGUUGUGUCAUACACUUAUGAUUGCAUGACAACUUUGAUCUGUACUCUAUAUUUUAGGCUAAUUAGUUAUUACUGGUCACAGUUUUGCAAUCACGAUUACUUUAAAGGAUCUUGCUUCUCCUUGUUCUGUUUCUCUCCUUCUUCUUCUUCUCCUUUUAACAUCUUCACUUCUUGUAAAGGUUCAGGUGUUUUUAAAGAAAAAAAAAUCCAUUUUUAGGUUACCCUGCUUCUGUUUCCACGAUCCUCUUGUUGUUGUUGUCGUCGUUGUCGUUGUCAGUGUGGGGUCAGAAGAUGACGAGGAUGAAUGUAUUUAUUCUCCCCCUCUCCGCCCUGUGUCUGUUGUCAACCAUCCUCAUUUUAAACCUAAAGGAGAGUGGUGGUUCCAGUGUGAUAUUAUUAUUAUUUUAAACACAUAAAAUUUUCACUCAUCUUUUCUGUAUUUUGCCACAAAAGAAACACCAUUACCACCUCCUUGUCUCCUCCACCUCGUCUCUUAAGUAUACCAGUUGUCUUUCAUGAAAUUUAAGCAAACACUGACAAUUUAUUUUUACUUUGUUUGUAUAUAUAAAACAUACUACUAAUUACCAUACCACAGUAAAUAAUUGAAUGGAUGAUGGAAUUCCCAUCGGUAAUUGCUGUGAUUAUUGCUUGUGUUUUAAAAUGUCGGUGUAUUUUUAACUUAGGAUGAAUAACCCAAUUUAUACUCAGAUCUUUAUAGGGAGGUUUUAAAGCCAUAUUACGGGUUCUUUAUGUUUGGGUAAAUUUUCUUUUUUAAAAAUAAUUUUGCUUAAUAAUAUAUCACCAUCUAUUACUGAUGUUUGACAACACAUCUCCCAACUCUUUUUAAUCUAUGCUACUAAAAAAAGACGGUUAAUCUCAUUACAUGCACUUGUUCUGUUUGUUUGUGUUUUCACUUCAACUCUGGUGCGAUCUACCUACCUACAGGUUUUUUGUAUGUGUGCUGUAUUUCUCAUUUCUUUCUUUCUUUUUUUUUUAAAAUAAUAUUUUGGUUUUUAUCAGUCCACUCUCUGUGUGUCAGCGUUUCUCUGUUUAUUUGUUGUUUUUGAUUUGUUUUGUAAAUUAUGCGAAUAGUCUAAAUUUGUUUUUCAAACAAAGAAUAAGUACAUUUUUAUGUUGGAUCAUGUUUUCUGUGUGCAUAGGUGCGUACUGAUGA